UGGAUGAUGUGCGCAGAAAAAUAGGGCGUUGUGGCGACUCCCUCAUUCAUUCGCAGUAAAAAAGUCUCUGUUCUUAAAGACGUAGACGAGCGUAAUGUAUCCAUCACAGAGCUGAAAGAAAAAAGGAAAAAGGCGUUUUGACUUGAUCCGAGUAGUAAUAGAGCAGGAUAGUCCCAAUGUGCGCAGAGACUGUGCUCUGCGUAAAGAACCGCAGACUCCAGAGAUAAACUGAAAUUUACAUUGGCAAGGCACGUUUAUAAACCAUAUUGGCUUUGGACCUGUUUGAUCGCUCUUGCGUGCAACUGAUUAGGUGUUUAAUUAAAAGCUAAUUUACUUAAUUCUCUCGCGCACAAACAGGAACAACAACAUUUGUGCUGCCCAGAGGUUUUACAGUUGCAGUCUUUGUUUGAGGAAGACAUGGCCAAGUUGUUCCGAGCUGCUAUCAUGGGUCCACCAGGAUCAGGGAAAGGAACGAUAUCCAAGAGGAUUGCGCAAAGCUUUGGCCUGCAAUAUCUGUCCAGUGGCCACUAUCUACGAGAGAGCAUAACGGCAAAUACAGAGGCAGGUGUGCUGGUGAAGACCUACGUAGAAAGAAGCAUGUUGGUGCCUGAUCAUGUGAUGACCAGACUGAUGCUGCCCAGACUGGAACAGCUGAGCGACCACAGCUGGCUGCUGGAUGGUUUUCCCCGGACUCUGGCACAGGCCCAAGCUCUGAACAAUUUGUAUCAGCUCGACCUGGUCAUCAGCCUCAACAUCCCCUACGAGACUCUGAGGGAGAGGCUGAGCGACCGCUGGAUCCAUCCAACCAGUGGUAGAGUCUACAACAUGGGCUUCAACCCGCCACGAGUGCAGGGUAAGGAUGACAUCACUGGAGAGCCACUGAUUCAGCAUGAUGAUGAUAAACCAGAAGCCUUGAUGUCCAGACUGAGACACUACAAAGAUGUGGCCAAGCCCGUCAUAGACUUAUACAAGUCACAGGGAAUCCUGCACUCAUUUUCCGGUACAGAGACAGACCGGAUUUGGCCUUAUAUCAACUCUCUCCUCAGCACCAAGAUGCACAUACAGCCAUCAGAUGCCUUCCAAACCCAGACACCCUGACACUACUCUGAAUGAAGAGACCACAGGGAAACAUCGGGAAGCUGCCAGAGGAAGUGGGGUGAUGUUUCUACUUGCUGGCCUCAGCUUUCAGUUUCCUCAAUAAUAGUAAGAUUUAAAGAGAAGGACACUGAUCAAAACUGUAGUCAUCCAACAUGUUUGUGAUUCAAUUACAUUUUUCAAAUGAAUGGUUGUAUGCAACUGUUCCUCGAGCUUUACUGAUUGUGUUGAUUCCUGCAUUAUCAUGGUCAAAUGUUCAAGGCAAUAUCAAAAAUGAUCAUUUUUGUAAAUCAGAAUUUUACACAAGCCUUCACCAUCAAGCCAUUUUUAUUUUUUAUUUUUUACAAUUUUGUGUUUUUAGCUGCAAUUGUACCAAUUACCACACACUGAAUUGAAAUCAUAGCUUAUUCAGGGAUGCAGUUAGAAGAUUAUAAACAGGAGAAAAAGUAAAUAGAGAAGGAAGGAUUCCCUUCAUUGCAGCUCUCCAUUUUUAAGAUUUUAUUACUAGAAACCAACAACAGAGGGGUAAGGUUACUCCAAGAAUAUUAAACCAAAAACCAAAAUAUUACAGCAGGUGUCUCACUCCAACAUUAAAUAUAUGAUACCGAACAAAAUGAAUGUUAUGAAAAUAAAACUUUAAUGAAAGCAGACACAGGAACUAUUUCUUAAAUAGUUAUGUUUACAGAUUUGAUUAAUUGCACUUUAAAUUAUAAUCAAGCAAAUUAUGCCACAUUGUUGCCUCAAUGAAUAAUUUUAGAGUUAAACCCUUCAAUUUCCCUUCAAGUACUUCAUGACAUUCUGAAACUGAAGAGUUGCAGUUUUCAUUGAGCAGAAUACACAUAACAAAAUCAUUUUUAUUAAAUUCACCACAGCCUUAAUUGACAGAUUCACUGAGGGCAAUACUGACAUUAUGCAUUGUGUCAUAUCCAAAACCAAAAUCAGUCUCGGAUAGGUUUAUUUGGGUCAGUUUUUUUCUGCACAACCAGUUUUUAAUUAUUUGGCUUUAUCAGCUCAGUGUUUUCAGGAUAUAUCCAUCAAUUAUGCAAACAAUGUGCACUGUAUGAACUGCUAUUCUUUACUUUUGUACUGGAAUGCUGCAGAAUAUUAUGCAAUCUGCAACUGUUAACAUGCUGGGCUGGUGUUGGACUGGUGCAAGAAGCCCUUAUAAUCACUCUACAGCACACUCUGUGGCUGGGAUGAAGACCAAUGCACAGAAUAUAGAGUGCCUUUGAUGUUGUUACAUUCCUUUAAAUAUGUAAGGUUGAGAUUCAAAUCAUCAAAAUGUCACAGAUUAUUGUUUAUAAAAUGAAAUGUUUUGCAGUGUUUGUUCGACUUUUAAAUACUGCUGGAUAUAACUUUUUGUCAUUAACAGGGCACUUUUAUGAUCAUGUACUUAAAGGUCUGUCUUGUUUUUCAGAUUCUUUGAAUGUAGAAAUCACUGUUGCUGGGUGAACAACUUGUAAAAUGUUAACAUUUCAUUUUAUUUUUAAGUGAUUGGUAAAUGAGAAUACUUUCUCACCUUACAGAAUAGCUUGUGGUCCAUCACCUAAAGUUAAAAAAUGUCAUAUUUUCAACCAAUGGCACAAAGAGAGUUUGCCUUUUACAAUAACUUAAGCUCACUAGUGACUAAACCUGUGCAAUAAAGACCGACAAAUAGGUUUUAAUUGUACUUUCCAGCUCUGUUAAUGCUGGUUCUGCAAUGUUUAAACUUUAUAGUAAAAUGUUAUCACCUGAAUUCAUCAUGAAGCCUCAAAAUAGCAAUGUACACUAAUUCAGGGACUGGCCAUAAGUAACCCACAUCAACAUCAUUGCUUUUGAGGUAAAAGGUGCCUUAUAUAAUUUUUUGUUGGGUGUUGGAUGUUGUACAGAUUGAAGCCCUUUGAGACAAUGGCAGACCAAAGAUACAAAAAGAAACACUGACUCCUUUAUUCAAUAAUGUUUUUUUGCUUGAGUGACAAUAGGAUAACGUCUAUGUAUGCAAAAUGCCAGCAACUUGUCAAUGUCUCAGUGGCCUCAGCUAAAGUAUGAAAACUAUAGAUGUUAGGUUGAUAAAGUGGGGGUGUGUCUAAAUGGGAUGAGUCUGUAGGAGUUGUCUUUCUUACAGCAUAUGAUUUACACUUUGGUUUCAUGUUGGGGAGCAACAAGCGCCUGGAUGCUCAGUGUGUGUUGUUGAAUGAAUGGGUAGGGUGUGUUAAGUUGUACAUGACCACACCCAACUGCUGUUGUGUAACACCACAGUGGAUUUUUUCUGAACCAUGCUGUCCAAACAUGUUACAUUACCAGAACAAUAAAAUUAUUUUCUCAUGG